AGGAGACAGCCAUUUUAAGUGGAUGAGUUUCAUUUUACAGCGCAACUGUAGGACGGAGAACCUCAGGACACAAUUUCUACCUAUUUCUCUAACAACUGUUAGUGGGGAAUUGACUACUAUGAACUGAAACUCUUCCUAAAACCAUUAACAAGUACUGUAGAUCCAAGUUAAGUGACGCAUAAGCCAGUAGAGUUGUAAUUUUUUUUGCACCUAAAUGUAGCUAGAGGAAAUGGCUGUGGAAAGCAUGACUGUCCAUCCAAACUCCCCAACAACAACCAACCACGAACACAGUCUUCUCACUGACGAAAGGCGUGAGGAUGGUGAGUUGGAAGAGGGGGAGCUGGAGGAUGAUGGUGGAGAGGUGGAGGUGGCAGAGGAGCCCAGCGCCGGAGGAGGAGGAGAAGAUGAAGGUGAAGGAACUGCAGCAGCAGAGGCGGCCCCCCCAGAGAAAACUCACCGCAGCAAAGAGCGCCACGCCAGCGGCGAUGAGAAGGAUGACGAGAAGGCCCGCCGCCACAAGAGGAAGAGGAGAAAAGAGAGGGAGCGGGAGAAGGAGAAGAGGAGAGCCAAGAAGAGACGCAAAUCCAAGCACAAACGCCAUGCCUCCUCCAGUGAUGACCACUCAGACUUCAGCGAUGACUCUGACUACAGCCCAGGUGAGAAGAGGAAGUAUCGGGACUAUAGCCCUACGUACACCCCUUCUUCCCUUGGAGGUUACCCACCAGCCCCGUCCUCCGGCCACGGUGGACCCAUGCCUAAGAAGGGCAGUUACGUAAAGAUGGACAAGCAAGGCUACGGGGGCUACGGCGAUUAUGAAGAGGAGAACUACGAGGGAGAGGAGGACGAAGAGAUGGGCGAUGAAGACUACGAUGACUUCACCAAGGAGCUCAACCAGUACCGCAAGGCCAAAGAGGGAGGCAGCGGCGAUGGAGGUGGAAGGGGCAACAGUCGCGGGGGCAGAGGUAGCAAAAAUGGGGUCAGAGGAGGUAAAGGUCGUAUGAAGAACCAACGAGGUCGAGGAGGCAUGAGAGGAGGAGGGCGUGGAGGUAGAGGAAGAGGAGGGAGCAGGGGUCGGGGGCGAGGGGGCAAGAUGGGUGGAGACAACGAGGACGGAGAAGGGAUGAUGUACGGAGGAGGGGGAGGAGGAGGAGGAGGGGGAGGAGGAGGAGGAGGAGGAGACGAGAUGGAGUAUGGAGAUGAUGACUAUGACCACAUGGGUGAGGAUGACUAUGAUGAAUACUCUCAGUACAGGAAGUCCAAAGACCGUGGAAGGGGUGGCAAAGGUGGGCGGGGAAGGGGCCGUGGGAAACAAGGGCGUGGUAUGAACCGUGGAGGCCGAGGGCGGAACCGAGGGAGGGGGCGAGGGGGUGGAGACCAGGGUCACGAAGAGGACAACAAUGGAGACAUGGGGGACAUGGGGGAUGGAGGAGGAGGCCAGCACAACAAGCACCAGGGGGACAAGCACCAAGACAAGAAAGGGAAAGCUAUCUGCAAGUACUACAUGGAGGGCCGCUGUACUUGGGGGGAACACUGCAACUUCAGCCACGACAUUGAGCUGCCCAAGAAGAAAGAACUCUGCAAGUUCUACAUCACUGGCUUCUGCGCGCGGGCUGAAAACUGCCCCUACAUGCAUGGUGAUUUCCCCUGCAAGCUGUUCCACACCACCGGGAGCUGUGUGAAUGGAGACGAAUGCAUGUUCUCCCACGAGCCUCUUACCGACGACACCCAAGACCUGCUAAACAAGAUGCUUGCGGAGGAUGCCGAGGCUGGAGCUGAGGAUGAGAAGGAGGUGGAGGAGCUAAAGAAGCAGGGGAUCAACCCCCUUCCCAAGCCUCCUCCAGGGGUGGGCCUGCUCCCGACACCGCCCAGACCAGGGCCGCCUGACAACUCUGGCUCUGGGGACUUUGGACCUCCUGGACCACCACAGGGCCCCAUGUCCCCCAACGGCCUCCCCGGCCCAGGGCCUACCCAAGGGCCCGGUCCCUGUCCUGGCCCCCCUACCCCCUACCCAGAAAGUGGCCCCUACCAAGGCCCUCCCAACCCCAAUGGUCCCCCACCCCCAUCCAUGGGCCCCCCACCUCCCUGUUCCGGCAAUGGUGGGAAGAAGAUCCCCUCACUGUUUGAGAUCAAGGUGCAGCCCACGGGGCAGCUAGCUCAGAAACUAGCUAAUCACAGAGGUCAGACCCCAGGAACUGCCACAGGCCAAGCUGGCGCAACUGGCCCCCAAGGGCUCCCCGGUGGGCCUGGUGGGCCUCCGCCUCGGUUCCCUCCACCUGGCAUGAUGCCCCCAGACAUGUCAAUGGGUCCUCCCCCGCCCAUGGGCCCCGGAGGACCCCCCAUGAUGCCAGGCUUUGGCUCAGAAGGGGGGCCCAUGAUGCCCCCCGGACCUCCUCCAGGGGGUAACUUCUUUGACAGCUUCUUCAACCAGCAGCAAGACAUGAAUAUGGACGGGGUGGAGGAGGAAGGUGAUGACUUCCAGGGCUUUGGAGGGAUGGACGAGAACGAAGGAAGAGGAUCGGGAGGAAACCAGAGCUCCAUGGGAGGCCCGGACGUCCCUGCUAACGGAGGCUCAGCCAGUCAGCAGGCGGGGAUGGGCAUGCCCGACUUCCUGCCGCCGGCCCAGCGCAUGCUGUUCCUGAGAAUCCAGCAAAAACAGCAGGAGGACGAGGAGAGGGCCAGACUAGCCAAGGGGGGAGGAGAGAGGGAUGUGGACGGUGACUCAGCUAACUGGUACUCCAGUGAGGAUGAGGAUGGAGGCGGCAGUGUCACAUCCAUUUUGAAGACGCUCCGCCAGCAGAGCCAGGGGCCCCCCAAACCUGAGGGCCCCCCCAGCGACCCCCGCCUCCAGAAAGGCUCCCCAGCGCACCCCCCCAUCCGACCGGCGGACCCCCGCCAGGGGGACCCCCGGCUGGCUCGUGAUCCCCGCCUCUCCCGGGCCACAGACUCUGUCCAGGCCUUGGACUCUCCCAACCCUUCCUCGGCAUCCACCGUCACCCCUGCAGACCCCCGCCUGGCCCGGCAUGCUACCGCCACCCUCACCCCUAAACCAGACGCCCCCCUGGUGUACAAGCCCCCGCCCCUCACGGCUCCCCCUGCAGAAGAGGAGGAGACGGAGAGGGUUUUGAGGGACAAGCCUGUGCCCAUCCCCCUGGACCCCCUGAUGGGUAUGGCCCUGAGGGACCCGCGCUCCCAGCUGAAGCAGUUCAGCCACAUCAAGAAGGACAUUCUCCUGCACAUGCCCCUAUACGCUAAGACAGUGACAUGGAACCCUGAGGACCUCAUCCCCAUCCCAAUCCCUAAACAGGACCUCCUCCCCCUCCCCCAGGCUCCCCCUGUCUCAGCCAUGGACCCCCGCCUCUCACGCAGCCAGCAGCGGAUCCACACGGCGCCCUCCCCCUACCCCACCCAUCCCCCUCCCUCCUUAGAACCCCCCGCCCCAGCCUCCUCCUCCCUCCCAGACUUUGAGCUGCUCUCUCGCAUCCUCAAGACUGUUAACGCCUCAUCCGGCCCCUCGCAGUCAUCCCCUCCUCUCCCCCUCGUCCCUCCAACAACCCUCUUGCCGGCGCCUCCUGCUUUGUUGCCCACCCCUGUCGACAAGCCUGUCGAUCCUCGAAUGGCCCGCAAAGCCCCCGCUGACCCACGGCUCCAGCCGCAGAAAUCUGCCCUGAAGCAGCCCUCAGAGUCCCCUGUCCCCCCUCUGACGGUCUCCCCGGUAGCCCCUCCACCCACCUCCGGUUCCUCCUCCCCCACCAUCGCCCCCUACGACCCUCGGCUACUGUCUGCAGGUGGGGUGGGCCGUGGAGGGGGAGCGGGUGCAGUUGGUGGCAGCAGUGUGCUGAGUGGGAUCAGUCUAUAUGACCCCCGGACUCCUAGUGCAGGUAAACUUGAGGGCCCUGGUGCCACCACAAACACAACCCCCAGCAGCGGACCCACAGAGCCCAAACCCAUUGAGGCAGCACCAGCCAAGCCCAAGGCCAAGGAGCCCCUGUUUGUCCGUAAGUCUGCCCUGGACCAGCCGGAGCCAGAGAAGAGUAGCGAGCAGUCCACUGACCGCUACAACAGCUAUAACCGGCCCAGGCCCAAGCCUGCACCCUCGCCGUCCACCGGGCCCCCCGGAGGUCCUGCUGCCUCUGGCUCCUCCACGGCCGGACAGGGUCCCCCUGGUGCUGCUGAGCAGGCCCCGGCGGGUGUCCACAACCUGCCUGUGUCCUCGCUCUUCACCAUGGUGAAACAGGCCAGCAAGCCCAGCGGCUCCGGAAGCCCCUUUGGUGGGAACAGCCCUGCCCAGCCUGGCGACACCACCACCACCACGGAGCAGGACAAUGCUUCUCUGAAGGAGGUUUUCAAAGGCUUUGACCCCACGGCAUCACCCUUCUGCCAGUGAUAUCUGCACCUAUCCACCUGGCUGGUCGAAUAUUGUUUUAGACACGAACACUGAACGCAUCAGCAAGGAGCGCACUGAGGCGGGAGCCGGACUGGCCACAGACGGUGAACGUUUGAACGUAUUGGCCAGGCGUCACACCUGCAGUGUUUGCUAAUGAGAUUCUAUAACAAACUUUGGGGCCGG